UGUGUUUCAACACAAUAAGAAAAGAAUCAGCAGGAAAAAAUGAAAUACUUCUCCACCCUAAGAGACACAGGAAGGCGAAAAGACAGCCCACAGAAUGAGAGCAAAUGUUUGCAAAUCAUAUAUCUGAGAGGGACUAGUACCCAGAAAAUAUAAGGAACUCUUACAACUCAACCAGAAAAAGACACCCAGUUUUAAGAGGGCAAAGGAUGUGAACAGACGUUUCUCCAAAGAAGAUAUAAAUGACCAAGACAAAUAUGAAAACAUGUACUACGUCAUCAACUAUUAGGGAAGUGCAAAUCGAAACUACAGUGAGACACCACUUCGCACCCACUAGGGUGGCUGUAAUCAAACAGACAGACAACAACAAGCGUCAGUGAUGAUGUGGAGAGACUGGAAUCCUCAUCUGUUGCUGGCAGGCAUGGAACACUGUGUAGCUGCUCUGGGAGACAGCUGGGCGGUUCCUCAGGCUGAACACACAGUUAGCAUACGGCCAAGCAAUUCCACUCCUAAGGAUCCACCCAAGAGAGAUGAAAACAUAUGUCCACACUCCACUGUCCACAGCAGUAUGUUUGAUAAUAGCCCCAAAGUGGAAACAACCAACCUGUUCCUCCCCUGAGCAAUCAAAAAUUAAAAUGUCGUAUAUCCUUACAAAAAGAAUAUCAGUGAGCCAAAAGGAAAUGAAGUACUGAUACAUGCUACGACAUGGCUAACCCUUAAAAACAUCAUGGUAGGUGAAAUAAGCCAGUCACAGAGGACGACGACAUGUAGGAUUUCAUUGCUAUGAAAUGUCCAGAACAGACACAAUCAUUGAGAUAGAAAGUAGAGUCGCAGUGGCCAGGCCCUGCGGGGAGCGGAGAAUGGGGAGUGACUGCUAAUGGAUCCAGGAGUUUUGUUUUGGGGUGAGGAAAACGUUCUGAAACUGACUGUGGGGAUGGCUGCAUAACUUUCUGAACAUACUACGAACCACUGAACUGUACACUUUAAAGGGUGAAUAUUAUGGUAUGUGAAUUCUAUCUCAAUAAAGGUGUUAUUAAAAGACAAGUGAUAUGAAAUCACGUGAUUCUGGGAUGUACAUUUAGGAAACAAAACAAUAAAGAAAAGUGAGAAUGUAGUUACCAGAGAAGACAGGAUCAGGAUGAUCUCUGAAGCACAAGGAUUUCUGACCGGCAGUGGCACAUGGGUGACUUCGAUGGAGCUAAAACUGUUGAUUACUUCAUCAGGGUUGUACUUAUGCAGCUGUUUCUCUCUCCCUCUCUCUUGCUCUCAGUGAAAUAUACAUAUCACAAAAUUAACCAUCUUAGCCAUUUUCAAGUGUGCAGUUCAGUGGCAUUCAGUACAUUCACACAGGUGUGCAAUCAUCAUCACCAUCCAUUUCCAGAACCUUUGCGUCACCCCAAACCGAAACUCUGUACCCACAAAACAACAAGCUCCCAUUGUUCUUUUUCCCAGGCCCUGGUGACCUCUAUUCCACUUUCUGUCUCUAUGAACUUGACUAUUCGAGGAACCUCAUCUAAAUGAAAUCAUAAAAUAUUUGUCCUUCUGUGUCUGGCUUAGCUGCUCUCUUGUUAAUAAUUUACUGAAAAAUACAUCCAGGUUUUAGGCACAUUUUGUGAUUGUACUAUGAUUCAAAAUAAAAAAUAUCAGAAAAGAAUCAAGUAGCGAUGCAAAUUAAAACAGAAUAUAUAUACACUCUUUCAAAGAGUUUCAUUGUGAAACGGAGAGGAGAAAUUGGACGGUGACUGGACAGUGAUGUGGGCUGAGUGGGAUGGUUUUACAAUGGUGAGACAUUACAGCGUAUAACAAGAUCCGAUCCAAUGGACAGACAGAUGUUUAAGAAGUAAGAGAGAGAAGAGACAAUUAGAAAAGCGAAGUCCAUGGGAAAUUGAAAGGGAAGGAGACGCCACGCACAAGUAGAAGGACUGGCCUUGACUUGGAGGAGCGUGGACAAUUUAUCCGCUAUAGCAGGAGGAAAAUUUAGAUACAGGUGAACUCAUUUGGUGUCUGCAUGUGGUAGGACUCUUUUGGUGGCUUCUAUCUUUCUCAGUGAAAUGAGGCAAGAAGAAAUUAGGAGAGUGAACUGACCAGCGAAAUGUAGGAAGAGGUACAUUUUGAGAUCAUGAACGUGCCACUAGUCAGCACAAGUUUUGCGGGUUUUCCUGAAGACACCUUCAGCCGUUCAGGGUGGGCAUGAAGCAACCACAAACAAAUAGCAGGCAACAGAUGAGACAUCAGAGCUCCCAGACCUGGGAGUCACUUAUUCAUUCAAUAAAUAAUGCUUGUUCAUCUACUCUUGGAAAGCAUUCUUCUCGACCUGGGAGUAUAAGGACGAACAAACAGAAGUGGUCACUGAACACACGGAGGUCAUAGUCUAACACUUUCAGGAUACCUAGUUUUCAACAGGCAUGAUGUUAGGAUACCAGUAUGACAGGCCCAUCCCAAGGAAAGUGUGGGCCUGGAGAUACCAACCAAUGUGCCCAUGAUAAUCACGCAUAAGAGGAGGCUGCUCUGUUGGCAUCUCCCAUACACGCUUCCGCACAGCGCUGUAAACAGAACGCGAGAAACUGAAUUUCGAUGAUGUUAAAAAGUAGGAGUAUUGUCCCUUUCCCCGUGGGUCAUCAGCCCACUCGGGUCUCUCCUGGGGCAAGGCGCAGCCACCCCACUUGCCUCAUCUAACGGACUGGCCUGCGAGAUGUGCAUAUCACUACAAUCCCUCGCUGAGGGUAAGACACCCUGAGUUGUGACGUCCAUGUGUUACAGAGCAAGAGUUUUAGAAGAGGGGAGAUGGGCAAUGGAGUGUGCCCACCAAAGACCUCCAAGCCGCCUGGUCUGGAACAUUUGGAGUUAGACGAGCAACGGACGACAGGAGGGGUGGGGGCGGGGUGUUCCGUGUGGCGCGGUUGAGGAAGGCAUGCAGGUUUUGUUUCCUCUCUCAAGGUACAGUCUUGCAUUUUAGAGUCUGUAGUCCUUCGUCACGAUUACAUCACUCCAUGAUGUCAAAAGGACCUUAGCCAAGCACCGCUGAAGUUGCUGCUGUGGCAGGAAGUCACAGAGAAAGGCCACUAUCUGAAGGGUGACAGAGAGAUCAGAAAGACUAGAAAGGACGCAGCCAGGGGCUGUAACCCUCAGAGGUAAGCAGCAGCCACCCUUUACGCAGCCAGCAUAGAUCCGGAGCUAAUGUGUGUGACUGAGGGUCUGCGUGUCGGGGAGAGGCGCUGCUGAGGGACACAGGCCCUGCAUCAUCAACCAAUCACUAGGGCCAUGUCAGUGGCAGCCUCUGUGAGAGACUCUGCCUCCUUCUUGUCCUCUCUACAGAAAAACCAAGCGGUUAUGUAUGAAGCUAGCAGAGUGCUUCAGACUUGGGCUCCCCAGAUGAAGGGUUUCAGGCUGGCGCUAGUGCCAGGACCUUCACGGGUCAGGCUGGGGAUCAUGCUGGUGUUGGCGCUGAUUUUCCUACCAAGAUUGUACUGUGACCUGGGAGCAGUAUAUUACUCUUCCUACGAAACAGUCAUCCCCAAGAGUCUGACAGUCAACGGAAGGGAAGGCCCAGUGGAAAAGGCAUCCUAUAUGCUGCUGAUGCAGGGCCAGAAGCAGCUGCUUCACCUGAAGGUGAAGAGAGACUAUUUUGUGGAUAACUUUCCAGUCUUCAGCUACCACAAUGGCAUCCUGGGACAAGAGAUGCCCGUCCUCGCGCAUGACUGUCACUAUGAAGGCUACAUAGAAGGCGUCCCAGGUUCUUUUGUUUCUGUCAACACCUGUUCAGGCCUCAGGGGCGUCCUGAUUAAGGAGGGAAAAUCCUACGGCAUUGAGCCCGUGGGCGCUUCAAAAAAGUUUGAACAUGUGUUGUACACCAUGGCGCGUGAAGCUCGAAUCUCCUGUAGCGUCACUUCCAAAGACAGCCAAGUGGUGUCCACCAGCCAGCAACGAGGGAGCAGGAAGCCUCGCAGUGCACAGGCGCUGUCCUACUUGUGGUCACACACCAAGUACGUGGAGAUGUUUGUCGUGGUCAGCAACCAGCGGUUCCAAAUGUGGGGCAGUAACAUCAAUGAGACAGUCCAGAGAGUAAUGGACGUCAUUGCCCUGGCCAACGCCUUCACUAGGGGAAUAAACACGGAGGUGGUGCUGGCUGGAAUGGAGAUUUGGACCGAGGGGGACCUCAUAGAGGUCCCAGCGGACUUGCAAGUUACCCUCAGGAAUUUCAAUAGCUGGAGACAAGACAAGCUCUUCCAUCGUGUGAAGCAUGAUGUUGCCCACAUGAUUCUUGGACAUCGCCCUCAAGAGACGGGACAGGCAUUUCUCAACGGUGCCUGUUCCACUGGCUUUGCAGCAGCUGUUGAAUCCUUCCAUCAUGAAGAUGUCCUCCUGUUUGCAGCGCUCAUGGUCCAUGAGCUUGGGCACAACCUGGGUAUUCAGCACGACCACUCGGCCUGCGUUUGUAAAGAUACACACUUUUGCCUCAUGCAUGAAAACAUCACUAAAGAAAGUGGCUUCAGCAACUGCAGCUCUGACGACUUCUACCAGUUCCUCCUUGACCACAAAGGGGCCUGCCUAUUCAACAAGCCUCAGCACAAAGGCCGCGUGCGUAGGGAUGCUGAGUGUGGUAAUGGUGUGGUGGAGGAGGAUGAGCAGUGUGACUGUGGUUCUGCCUGUGACAAUCACCCCUGCUGUGACCCAGCAUGUAAGCUGAAGGAGGGUGCAGAGUGUAGCGAUGGACUCUGCUGUUUGAAUUGCCGAUUGAGAAAUGUAGGAUUCAUGUGCCGCCCUCCUUCGGGAGAGUGCGACCUCCCAGAGUAUUGUGAUGGUAACUCUGAAGCAUGCCCCACAGACAGCUACAAGCAAGAUGGUACAUCAUGUGAUUUAAUUCACUACUGUCUUGGGGGUCGGUGUAGGAACCCUGAUACUCAAUGCAUCGACAUAUAUGGGUAUCCUGCAAGGUCUGCCCCAGAAGACUGUUAUAUUUCAAUGAACGGCAAAGGAAACCGGUUUGGGAAUUGUGGCUGGCCUACUGCAGCUGAUCCAAGAUAUGUUAAGUGUGUAGAUGAUAACAUAUUUUGUGGGAAACUUAUUUGCACAAAUAUUAGACAGUUACCACCAAUCAAACCUCAACAUACAGUGAUCCAGUUCACUCACAAAGAUGACUUUUGCUGGAGCAUAGACGCAUAUAACACUACUGAUAUCCCUGAUGACGGAGAUGUGCACACUGGCACUUAUUGUGCUCCAAACAAAGUCUGUGUGAAUUACUCCUGUACUGAUCAUACUGUGCUCAACUAUGACUGUGAACCAGCAGAAAUGUGUAAUGGGAAAGGAGUUUGCAACAAUUUAAGGCACUGCCAUUGCGAGCCUGGCUAUGCUCCCCCUGACUGCAAAACUCCAGGAAAUGGGGGUAGUGUGGACAGUGGUCCUCCUGGUAAAUCAGAUGAUGGCAAUCCAAGUGAAGAUGAAAGUAGAAGUCAUAGUGUUGAUCGUGAUAAUUUUGGCAGAGGUAACGAGAAUAAAGAUGAAAGGAAAAGCCUUGGUAAGAUAGUGUAUAUAUUCCCCGUAUUUCUUUUAGCAAUGUUUUUAGGUCUAAUUAUUGGUGCCAGUCUUGAGGCUGGAAAAGAGAUAUCGCAGCGCUCACAAGAGGCCCUAGAAGAAACUGAAGAAGUAGCUACAGAAGAAGAGGAAGUAAGCAGAAGAGAGGAAGAACCAGAGGCAGAAAAUGAGUAGUGAUAGGAAGAAGUCUAAUAUUUCAAACAUCUGCUACAUUGGGUAGCAAGGGCUCUCAGUGGAGCAAACGUGCAGCGGGCCUUGAUGGCUGCAUGGCUCUGAUCAGGACUCCAUAUUCUGUAGAAAAGUACUAAUGUGGGAGGAGGGAUCUUCCUCCUCUUUAUUUUAGUAAUUGAUUAUACAUACAUAUGUAAAAUCCUUUAUAAAAGAAUAUUUUACUAGUUUUUUCCAUUCUCACAUUUCAUGAAACCAUUUAAAUUAAACUUUUCUCAUGGAGCAUUCUUAUCACUGUCUUAUUUUAGAAGGGCCAAUUUUUGAGUUAUAUGUUUUUCAGGGAAUGCCAUCUUAUAUCUGCAUUGUUUGACACACAGUAUUAUCUGUACCUAUACACAUUGCUGUCCCAGGUUUUCUCAUCCCAGUCACAACUACACAUUAUAUUAGGACAGUUGUUUAUAUGAUUAGUUGUUGACAUUUUCCCUGUGCAGUAUAAUGAAAACAUUUUAAAUUGAAAAGUAAAUAAUUAUCUGUUUUCAGAUAAGGCAUCACUUUAGGCUUUAGGUCACCUAUUAAUUGGGUCUCUUUUGGUUCUGGGGUUCUCUGGAAGAGGCUACAUCUAAUCCAGGGUGGUCAGAUCACCCUAGGUCUGGGUGCAUGAAGGAUGGGGAGCAACCUAGGCAAGAGGCAACCCUGUCCAGUGCUUAGCUCAGUUGGAGGUAUUUGAUUUUCUUCUUUUCUGUUUUUCUACUUUUUUACUACAUUUAUUUCUCAUUUCCUUUAUUAAGUUAAUAUACAGAGUUCACAGACAGUCCAAAAAAACAGAGGUUUGGAGGGUAGUUAGUUAUCUGUAAAGAGAGCACAAAGCACAUAUAAUAAUAAAUAUUACCCAUUGUGUGCAAGACACUGUGCUGAACACGCUAUAUUCAUCGUCUUACUUUAAUCCUCCCAUCUGCCCUAUGAGACGCCAGCGUCUACAUGAGGAAACGGAGGCCAAAGAGUUUUGCUCUAGAGCUAGUAAGGGGUGGAACCUGCAUCCCGCCCCAGAUAUGACUGAAUCUACAUGCUCGACUGCCUCAUGAACCUUUUCCUUCAGUUAAAAAAAGUCACCAGGAAGACAAUCAAUACGUCCUCAAUUGCCCAGAACAUGGCUUGUUCCUCAGAGACAAAUGAAACAAAAGUCUUACAAAUGGAGGCUGACCUCCGUCACGAACCUGCCACACUAUGUAGUCGUGAUCGAUGAAACUGCCCCUUCCUCCAUUACAUCCUGACCUCAUGGAGCAGUAGGUUUGUAUCUUAUUCAGCUCUGAGGGCCCAGCUCAUUGUAGGUGCUCAGUAAAUGCUGACGAAGUGAACGAGUUAACCAGAGCCAACCUGAAACGUAGGAGGGGAACUUCUAUGGAUGCUACCUGCUUGUCCCGAGGCAUGGCACAAGCGAAACCUUGCUCAGGCGCAGUGUUGUUACAGGUGGAGUGUUCUGAGUCUCAGGGAAGUUCCUGAGCAUGAAUCCCUGACUAUACAUUCGCUGAGUCCCUCUUCUAACUGCCCACCCUAUGUAAGCAAAAGAGGACAAACCAAAGAGGCUAAGACAGACCUGGUUUCCGCUUUCAAGAGGGUUAUGUUAAUUACUGUGGGUGGAACACAAACUAAACUUCAGAGCAAAAUCCAAAAUCAAGCCUUCAGUUAUGUAACUUUCCAGGCCACAGGAUUUGCUGGUAACCAAAUCUCAGAAUGUCCCACGCCAGAAGAUCAAGAUUCAUGGCGAAAACACACCGUUAGUUGGCAGUCAACUGAGAGCUUUGAGAAAGAGGGUGAAAGUGGGUGACUGAAGGCCUCCAAACGUAAACUUGUCAUUAGAGACUUUUGAAGAAGGUGUGGAGGAUUUCUGCUGAGAAGCACUUCAGUGGAGAACAGAAGGGGCAGCCUUCCUAACUACACAUGCUGAUGGUGACUAUAAUAAAAGCUCAUUGGCAUCACGUAGUCUUAACAACUUACCAAAUGUAAGGGAAUCACGAUUUAAGUGCCAGGUAAAUGUGCUUAGGUAACU